GUUUUUAGAAAAAAUUGGGAACGAAAAACGUGAGAUGGUUAACGUUGGAUUCCUGUCGCUACCAUUAAAUGCUAUGGAAACUUACAAAAUGUACAAACUGGCUACUUAAAACGUCAAAAAGGAAUUAAUAUCAAAAGAAUAUAAAUUGGCGCAAGUUGAGCACUUAAAAUUACAGUAAAGCGCGAUCGUGUUGAACAGCUGAAAGGAUGUGCAAUGGCUUCCACAGGCAAACGAGUUGAAUUUACUGCAAUGAAUUGAUGUUAUCAGGUGUCAGGAAGACCAGAGAGGAAAAAGAGGGAGAGGAAAGGUAAUUGAGUCCCACGAAACCUGUUUGCCAGGCCAAACUGUCGAUUCUUUGAAGACGGGGAAAAGUGUUAAUGCAGUGCUAAAAAACAUUUCACUUGAAAUUCGCCUGAUAAAACCCUCGCUGUGACAGCGGGCUGAAGAAGACGCUUGACCGAACUGUUUGAUCAAGAUGUGGAUUCGCUUGAGCUUUCUACUGACAGCCUGUCAGAUAUUUUACCUGAUAUCGGCUCUCUCUUCACCCAAGAUACUUUAUUUACCGCCCGAGUCACCAGACGAAUUGUACUUGGGUUGUUAUGAAACACAGAAUAAUGAAUCGAAUCUUUACAAGCCAAGGCUUAGUACAAUAAACUCAUAUAAGUGCAUCGAGGCCUGCGCAUAUGAGAUGUUUCCACUGGCUGCAGUUCUCAACGACACUGAUUGCCACUGUGCAAACGACAGCGUAACUCCGCUGAUCGAGACUGAUCCAUGUGGCGGCUCACGUAAAUCCACGAACAGAUUUGAGGUAUACAACACCAGCUGCCUUCUGGUGGAAUUUGUUGAAAUUUAUCAGGAACUGACAUUCACAACAUUUCCACCCAAUAUAACGCCGUCAGUAUCUUCAUCUCUCAUGCUUGUCACGCCAUCAAGUGUGACAGCAACGAAUUCGUCACAAACAAUAGUAUAUUCGGUGGAUUUUGGCGAUGGAAGGAGUAACUGGACACGGGUCCUUAGACACCAUUAUCUCGCUAUUGGCGAGUUUAACAUCACUUUAGUGGCAUCCCGAGGCAACUCGACCAUCUUCGUAUUGUCCCGCAGGAUUCGGAUAUUAUCCCGAGCCAAAGUAGCUAACGUGUCGUGCUCCGCCAUAAAGCCAAACCAUACAGUUGUGUGCAAAUUGAAUGGUCUGAGAGGAAGUGACAUCACAGCUUCGAUAGCAAUGUACAAUACAGGCCAAAACGUGUCGCUCUUAGUUCCAGACGUGCCACGAUUGGUAAUAGGGAGCACAGGGGUUCCAAUAACCAACCAAUCAGCUGCGAAAAAUGAAUCUGGAGCGUAUUUACUUCCUUCUCUCCAGUUUAUAACGGAGGCCACAGUGGAGGCCUGGGAAGUAUAUGCUGAGUCUCCUGGUCGCAUUCAGUUGCAGAUUUACAGGGCAAUUUUGAAUUUGACGAAAUGUAAAGGAAGCCGCUAUCAGCACUCGUCUUGUGGGGACUGGACUCCAGCUAACGGUGACUGUAAUCAAGUAUGCAUCAAAUUAAUUUACCGGCCGAAACUAUCCAUCGUGUCUUGCGGGCGUACUAUCAGUAGUUAUUCCAAAGUGUACAGCAUUGACACCAAUCUUACCGUGGGAUAUAACUUGAUAGUCAUACCGCAAGAGCAGAGGUUUAUUACACGUGAAGGAGACAUAGUAGGAUUUUAUAGAAACACUUCCGGUGCUGUCAUUCAGACAAUUACCGCUGGGCAAGAUAUAGGUGGUUAUUUUUUUCCGGCGCAGGAUAUGUCCAACUUGGAUAUCAAAAAUGGUAUAACCUCGAACGUCUCUUUUCGCGUAAAAUUACACAGCUCUGCUGAAGUCAAAGCCGAACUCGCUUUUUGGUGUUCGACAUCCGUUGGGCUGUAUUCCCUGACGUCGACUUUCCAUAACGCUCUAAGCUCAUACAACGACAGCAAAGCUCUCACCUUUCGAUCUUUUAUCUCAGUACAAAAUGCGAUUGCACAACUAGACACACAGCGACAGAUAUAUAUUGAAGUGAAUUCGACAGAAGUCUUCACUGCAAAUGUAACACAGGGCACUAACGUUUCGUGCGAAUGGUACAUUCCCAACUCAAGUUUAACUGCCGAAUUACAAUCACCUUACCUCAAAAACAACACCACUACUGAAGGUGGAGUUUUCCAGUACAGCUUUUUGUAUCGUUUUACCGGAUAUAUUCCGCUCGUGGUAACCGCAUACAACCUUGUCUCCAAAGAGCGCCGCACCCUUAAUCUUUUCGUACGCCAGCCAAUCAAGGGUCUAAAGGCAAAUAUGUGUAACGGAGAGUUUGCUUACAACAACGCUCAAACGUGUUUCAAUUCCAGCGUGACACGGGGUACUGAUGUCGGCUGUACUUGGGUUUUUAAACAACCACCCAGGAAAAAAGACGACUGCAGCAAAAAGAAAAUCGGUGAAACCAUUUUUCGUGGAGUGGAUCACGUGGAGAGGCCAAACCUCUUCCGCUUUAGGUGGAACUGGGACGGUAAAUCAAAUUUAGAGGAAGCUAGUUCCAUUGUAACACACACCUUUACCGAGCCAGGUCAAUAUUUCAUCACCGUGAAUAUCUCCUCUACAGUUGAUCACGUGGUCUUAGAUGGUCACGUGACAGUUCAACAACGUAUCGAAGGCUUACUUAUCAGAGAUUUGGCUGUGAAAUCAUCAAAUGUUCUACACGUGAAAUUUGAGAUUUUGCAAGGGACCAAUGUCACGUGCUCUGUGGAAUAUGGUGACGAAACUGAGGCACAACUGGGAUUUUUACGGACGUUACCUGAAAUAGUAGAGUUGACCCAUCAGUACAGCGAACCUGGUACAUACGGCUUGUCCAUAUCAGUCAACAGUAUUGUCGGUCCGAGUACUUCGGUACAAAAGUCAGUAGUUAUUAGUGAAGCUCCCUGUGUUUUAGAUGGCUUGCGCAUGCUCGGCGCUGGAGAAAGUAGUGCUCAGUGCCCCGAAAUUCAACAGGAAUACGAGUACUCACUUUACUCUUCGCUGAAAAUAAACUGUCAAGCUUUCAACGAACUGAAAUACGACUGGAAAGUUGAAAAUAUAUUGAACGGCUCCGUCACAGAAGUUAGCUCGUUUCCGAAGGAUAUCCUCUCUUCUAAUGUCCUGUUUCUCGCUGCUCGAUCACUCCAAGGUGGUCUUUACAGAUUUACGCUCUCAGUGACCGCAAUACCUCUUGGGAUAUCGAAAGUCGCCACAGGAUUUCUACGCGUGCGUACACCGAAACUGCUGGCCGUCAUAGACUGCGGGAGAGAAAGAGUAAUGUCUUGGAAUCACGAAAUCAUUCUCAAUGCAUCUUCAUCACGUGAUCCAAAUAAUAUCAACGUCGGCAAGGCCAGCGACUCUCUCUCGUUUGAGUGGUUUUGUGAUGCUAAUCGUAGUGUUUCUUGUUUCAAAAGCUCCGUUAACAACAAGUCCACGUUGAUUUUUCCACCCGAGUCCCUUGACGUCAAUGCGUCGUAUGAGUUCUUUGUGGUAGUAACUAAGGGAAUGAGGCAGGCCGAAGCAAGUCAGAUCAUCAAGGUAGUGGCUGGGAGCUUUCCUCCUCUUUGCGUCAGAUGCAAGGAAAACUGCGCCUAUAAGGUGACAGCUUCCAAAGAAUUCAUUCUUUCUGGCGAAGGUUGCCAAGACAAUAAGAACACAGACUGCAAGUGGGAACUGUACGGUCCUCCACUGUUAAAUGGACAAAUCUCAAAACGUUCAGUAGAGUCAUCACGGUUGAUCAGCGUGUCCUACGCGAAGGAGUUCCACUUGGAUCCCAGCAACUUGAUUCCCAACAGAACAUACACGAUUUUCUUCAACAACAACAGAAGCGGCUUCUGGGCACAAUAUUCGGUGACAACCGACAUGCCUCCGACAGGUGGAUCGUGUGUCGUGUCGCCUUCGGAGGGCGUCGUAAUCGAGACGCAAUUUCAAAUCAGCUGCACAGAAUGGACGGACGAAGAUAGUCCCUUGUGGUACGAGUUUUUCUUAAGUCAUCCCGUGCACGGGUCCAUGUUGUUGUUCUACGGGUGGAUGCCGGAUUCCGUUGGAUUGUUCCUUCCCGCUGGAUCGAAAGAUAAUGACUUCAACGUAGACUUGUUUGUAAAAAUCACGGAUGUCUUAGGAUCUUACAGAAUAGUUCCUCUUCAAGCAAAGGUGAAAAGUUUUAGUCCUAAGGAAGGUUCUGUGAGCUCUAUUCUCAAAGGAGUAGUCAGCGGACCCGAUUCUAUGUUAGAAAAACUUCUUGCGGUUGGAGAAUUCCAACAGGCGAGUCAGCUAAUGACGACAGUCAUCACAGUGUUGAAUGAAGACUCGACCAAGGCUCAUGAUUCCGAGUCUCCGGACACCAAAGACCGUGUGGAGGUCCGUAGCAGAGUAAUUGAGGGACUUUCCCAGCAGUGCUGCAGCAGUCCACAGAGUAUCCAACAGGCGCUAGGCGGACUCUUACAGGCUGUCGGAGUAACCGCUGAACUCUCACCUGAUGCGAAUGUGGAUGGUGCUAAUGCGUUCUCGAACAUGGCACAAGCCUUAGUGAUCAAGUUCAAGAGCGUGCGAGCGGCCAAUGAGACCAGAGGCAUUAUUGAUGGCCUGAACAUUGUAAUGAGAGCUUCUGUGGACACAAGCAAUGAAGUGAAACUUGAACAGAGCUCAGAUGAAAUUAAAGACUGGAUCGAUGACAGCAACGAGGCAAGAAAUAAACAAUAUCAAGAAAAGUGUGAAAAGGCAACCAACAAAUCCCUGGAAGGUGUAAAAUACGCUGCGCAAAAAAUCCUGGACUAUCAACGGAAGGGUGAUCCACCUAGUCACGUGACCUCGGGCUUGAUGAAAUUAACGCUUGCUCGCCAGUCUCCCAGCGACAUAGAUAACGCGACUUUGGACGGAGGAGAGGUUACUUUUCAGUUUCCGUGGAAUGUGACGAUAGAUAAGCUCAAACAGUUUGAUACAGUUAACACUAAGGUGAUAACUAUGUCCCAGACCCCGUUCAUUUCAAACGAUGCGAUUCCUAUUGACACCCCAGUCUCAACCUUAGAGCUUUUGGAGACUUCUGGGAAGGAAAUCGAAAUCCGGAACCUUACAGAGCCUGUGUCCAUAUUCCUGUCGCUCAACCAAUCAGAGAACGACGAUCUCGAUAACAUGACAGGUGUCAUCGAUUCAGAAAUGAAUAUCACAGUUUUCAAGAUCGAAUCCGGGGGAGAUAACUCAUUCUAUUUCACAGUUAGCUGCUCCGGGGCAAUGAAUACUGGACAAGAACUAAUUUUAGUUUUGAAGAGAAACUCAAAACCGACCGCUAACAACUUUGAUCUCCGAUGGAAUCUCACUUUGUGUAACAGCACUUUAAAGAAGCUGAUAUCGAGAGAGUAUUUAAAUAAUUCGGAAGGGUUGUACCUCGGUGUGAAAUUAGCGGAAGCAAGUAAUCUAACCAACGGUACAUCAACGCGAAAUGAAAUCCAUUAUGCAGUGUCAGUGAAGGCUAUUGGAUGUUACUAUUGGAACGAAAGGAUGCAAGCGUGGAGGGCAGAUGGUUGUGAGGUUGGUCCACUAACCACUUUAGAGCGCGUCGAGUGCCGGUGUAACCACUUGACGUGGUUCGGUAGCCGCGUGUUUGUUCCUCCAAACAAACUUCACCUGGAUAUCAUUCUCAAGAGGAUAAAAGACCCGUCCAACUAUGCGCCAGUCCUCUCCGUACUCUGUGUUACAUUUGGUCUGUACUUAAUGGUCAUCGUUUGGGCGCGCCGAGAGGAUCGAAAAGAUAGAAAUAAGACAGGAUUAACUGUAAGCCCAAGCAACAGGGCAGGAGACGCUCAUGCCUACGAGGUCGUCAUCAGCACUGGUAUGCGCAGACAUGCUGGUACAACUGCCAACGUUGCCAUGACAAUAACAGGAGAACGUGGUGAAAGUCAUCCAUAUCUUCUCAAGAACAGUCGGCGAAUGGCAUUGGCUCGCGGAAGCACUGACUCCUUUCUCGUGACGACUUCGGAAACUCUCGGAGAGCUCACGUACAUCCGAGUAUGGCACGAUAACUUCGGUAAGGACCCGGCUUGGUUCGUGAAGCAGAUAUCUAUUCGUGAGAUUGACACCGAUGGAGUCUGGUACUUCGUGUGCGAGUCUUGGCUGGCGGUGGACGAAGGCGAUGGUAUGAUAGACAGGAUAUUUCCAGUGGCGAGCAACGCGGAGUUGAAAGAAUUUCGACGCUUGUUUUUGACGAAAGCGUACAAGGACCUGACAGACUCGCACCUUUGGUUCUCGGUUGUUUGGAGGCCCCCACAGUCCCCUUUCACGAGGGUGCAGCGCGUGUCUUGCUGUUUGUCCCUUCUUCUGUGUACUAUGAUGGCCAACGCCUUGUGGUACGAGGCUGAUAAAGGUCGUUACACUGCAGUCGAGUUGGGUCCGUUUGAAUUUUCCUGGGAGCAAGUCUCUAUUGGAAUCUGCAGCAGUCUUGUUGUGUUUCCGAUAAAUUUGCUUCUGGUGCAGAUCUUCAGACAUUGUCGUCCACGGCCAGUGCCAAAACUUGGCCUGUUCAACAUGAAAAUAAGACCUCGUUCCUUGUCCACACACACUGAAAUUACUCUGGUUAAGUUCAGAUCACGUGACAGUUGUAAUUUCGGUACCAGCUUCCCAACCAGUCAGUACCAAAAUGUACAUAAAGGGUCUCCUGGAGAAUCUCCAAACUCUCGAGAUAAAAUCAGUCUGUCACCUGCGAUGCGUUUUGGUCUUAUGCCGUCAUUUUCAGUCUCUCUGGGAGCUGGUGCCACCACGGAUUCCACUAACGAUAUCAGAUCUUUGCUUCCAAGCGACUCUUUAUCAGGAUCACCGACUAGAGAUCAUGAGAACACAUUUAAUACUGCCGGUGAGGAAGACACGUCUCGUGCAAAAGGACUUCCUUGGUGGUUUGUGUAUGUUGGCUGGUUUCUGGUUACAGUGACGUCCCUCACCGCCGCCACUGUCACAUUACUGUACGGUAUCGAGUUCGGCCUAAAAAAGUCCUCACAGUGGCUUUUAUCCAUGUUUUUCUCACUCACGCAGGACAUCUUUGUCAGUCAACCGCUCAAGGUUUUGGCCUUAGCCACCUUUUUCGCUUACAUUUUUAAGAAACGGAACAAAAUUGCCCUUUCGUCACCAUCACGACUUACAUCUGAUGAGCACUGGCUGCAAAAUCAGCUUCAGCACUCGGAAGACGACUUCGAGGAGCACCCCAAGGCCCCUCCUGUCGAGGUGCCGACAGAGGAUGCUCUCCGGCACGCCCGGGACAGGGCUCAAAAAGAGCGUACAAUGCAUACCAUCUUACUCGAUUUAGGAACCUUCCUGGUAUUCACUUUUCUUGUUCUUCUCAUCGCCUACGGAUUUCGUGAUCGAGAUGCAUUUCGUCAAAACGACGCCGUUGCAAAGGUUUUACUACGUCAAAACUUUAGCGGGAAACAGAGAGGGUUCUUCCCCGACAGAUACUCUCAGAUCAUUCGACAAAGAGACAUGUGGGACUGGACAGAGAACGCUCUGUUACCAAGUCUGUACAAUCUGCCAUCAUACUUCUACACAGGAAAAGCGCCGAAAUUCAUGGAAGGAGAGAGCGGGCUGGUGGUGGGCGUGGCUCGUCUCCGACAACACAGAGUGAAGAAAGAUUCCUGUUCUGUGGCACCUGUAGCCAAGGAUUUCUUUUUAAGGUGCGUCGCAGAAUACGGCAUAACGUCAGAGGACAAGCAAGCAUACUCCACGCGCUGGGAAUCGCUAAUAAACGACUCCAGUCAUCAAACACAAACUUCGUUAUCACCAGGUCCCUGGCACUACAGCGCUGCGAGCGAACUGGAUGGCUACCCCUACAUAGGCGGCAUAGCAACGUACUCUGGUGGUGGGUAUGUGUUGGAACUGUCUCACAUUUACUACAAAGCUUUACGACAGGUCAAGGAUGCGAGGGAUAAACUCUGGUUGGACCACUAUACACGAAGUCUGUUCAUGGAAUUCACCUUGUAUAAUCCAAAUAGCAACCUUUUCUGCGCUGUAACGUUCGUAAUGGAGACCUUUCCAACAGGAGGUGUUUUUCCGCAUUCUGAGGUCAUAGCCUAUCGCCUGUAUCGUUAUGUCGGUGAUUUUCAAUUGUUUGUUCUCGCCUGUGAGGUUUUGUUUUUUGCUUUUAUUCUGUAUUUCACGUACCGCGAGGCGAAGAAGCUUUACAAGACGCGAAGAAUGUACUUCGCAGAGGUGUGGAAUCUUAUGGACCUAACUGUUUUAAUACUCUGCUGGAUUGCAAUAGCGUAUUACUUCAUCUGUUUGGGAUUGAGAAAAUGGACAAUUAACCUUUACCAUAAAGAUCCAACCAAGUUUAUUAGUUUCCAACACGUUUCAACUUGGCAGCUAAUGUUUGAGAUAUUGCUGCAGUACUACCCCAGAAUAUCUGAAGUUGAGGAACUCUAUUCGACGUCCAUCGCUAAUUGUGUCUUCAACAGUUUUCUGUGCUAUACCACCAUCAUGUUGAACAUUGUAACAAUCCACGCGAUAAGAGAAACUUCGUCGUUGCCAAAGACUUUAAAAACAUUGCUCCUGAGCCUUGCUGUUUCUGAUGUUGGCGUUGGUUUAUUCGGUCAACCAUUUUACAUCUCACUUCUGGUCAAGUGGUUACAACAAAACGAUCCUGGGUGUAACUUGUACAAGGCUUUUGACAUCAUUGUUGGCUUGUUUUCAACCGCUUCGUUCCUUGGUGUUGUGGCUGUCAGUGUAGACAGGUUCUUAGCUAUUCAUCUUCAUCUCAGAUACCGGGAAUUUGUGACUCACAAGCGUGUUGUUGCUAUGGUGAUCUCAAUAUGGGUGUUAAGUGCGUAUUUCUCUUUGAUACCCUUUUGGGCUCCACCAGAUAUUCGCGCCUUAAUUCUGUCCAUCGGUACUGUCAUUGGUCUUCUUCUUACAACACUGGUCUACAUUAGGAUUUAUUUAGCCGUAAGACGCCACAAGAAUCAGAUUCAGGUCCUGCAAGUACAGAAUGCGACACAGACUGGCGCAAUAGCAAAUUUUGCUGAGGUCAUCAAAUCUUCCGUGGAAACGUUUUACGUUUAUCUCGUGUUUUUGGUCUGUUAUCUCCCUAUUUUUAUAACUUCGUCUGCCUUUCAAAUCAUCAACCCGAGCAUCGCUUGGAAGAGAUUUUUACUUUUCUCACUAACUCUCAUAUUUGUCAAUUCAUCUUUGAACCCCGUAAUUUACUGCUGGAAGAUGAGACACAUUCGACACGCUGUCAUGAACAUACUGAGAAACAUGUCUUCGCACAGAAAUCUGGCAUCGCACUAA